UUUCAGGUUUCUUUCUAACAGUACGGAGCAACAAUGGAGUUUUACGACGAAGACAGGCCUAGAUUCGUCUUGCAAUCUCGUCCUUCCUCUUCUCUCACGACGGAGGAAGAAGAAGAACCUAAAAUACCUAAAAAGAUCUUUAUCUCAAUCUCCGUCACUGUUUCUCUCAUCAUUCUGUCUCUCUCCUUCUUCUAUUUCGAAUCCGAGCCUGCCAAAUCGCUUCUCUUAUGGCUUGCCAUCUCUUUCCUCGUCGGUCCUUUCGCUCCUAGUUCGCUCACCGGAGGUAAGAUUCGCGUCGGCUAUGGUCAGAUCUUGGAGCCGGAGCAGAUCCAAGAUGAGUCAUCGACGGAUAACGAACGUGAAUCGAGGAGGAAAUCUAUGAAUAAGCGAUCUAAAGGUACGACGAAGCAGGACAUUCCUCCGGAGAAUCAUUCUUCAGUGACGGAUGUUUCGAGAAAAGUGGCGACUCCGCAGUCUAAGGAGAGUGGAUCUGUAAAUGGAACCAAAGAUUGGAGUGAAGAAGAUAUCGAGGUUUUGAAGAAGCAGUUGAUUAAGCAUCCAGCUGGUAAGCCUGGGAGAUGGGAAGUGGUUGCUUCAGCGUUCGGAGGAAGGUACAAGACUGAGAAUGUGAUUAAGAAAGCCAAAGAGAUUGGAGAGAAGAAAAUAUAUGAGAGUGAUGAUUAUGCGCAGUUUCUGAAGAAUAGGAAAGCUUCGGAUCCUAGAUUGGUUGAAGAAAACGCUGAAGAUUCUGGAGCUGGUGGAGAUGAUGAAGCUAAGAAGGAGACUUGGAGUAAUGGAGAAGACAUUGCACUGUUGAAUGCUCUGAAAGCUUUUCCUAAGGAGGCAGCUAUGAGAUGGGAGAAGAUUACAGCUGCAGUGCCUGGGAAGUCGAAGGCAGCUUGUAUGAAGAGAGUUACUGAGCUUAAAAAAGGGUUUAGAAGCUCAAAAACUCCAGCCAAUUAGCUAGGGUGAGAAGCCAAUGAGGGACAUCUUUUCGGAUUAGGGCAAAUACCAGGAGGGGAAGAACAAUUUUGUUGUUGCUGCUUGAGUGUACCACAGGAUCAAGAAGUAAGCAAGAGUUAUGCAGGAAGUUUCUUUCUUUAGAGACAGACAAGAGAGCAUCUUAAUAUAGUAAAGAUGAAAUUAACAUAGAUUUAUGAGGUUCUUUUUUACUUCCAAGCUAUAAUAAGAAUUACAUAAUUUGGGCAUCUGUGUAUCCUUA